GCAGACCUUUGCCGAGCACGCUUCACUCUGGAACAAAGCUACUGGGCUUCUCUUCUGAUGUUUGCCCCAACAGAUGCCAUGGAUGAUGGGCAUCAGGAGACAGAUCUGGACGACGUGCACUAUGAAGGAGAUCCCUGGCUCUUCAACAAUUCCAGUGAUAACAGCCAGGAGAACCAACGCUUCCUAAAGUUCAAGGAGGUCUUUCUGCCCUGUGUGUACCUGGUAGUGUUUGUCUUUGGACUGCUAGGGAACUCCCUGGUUCUGAUUAUAUACAUUUUCUACCAGAAGCUGAGGAAUCUGACAGAUGUGUUCCUGCUGAACUUGCCUCUGGCUGACCUGGUGUUUGUCUGUACUCUGCCCUUUUGGGCCUAUGCAGGCAGCCAUGAGUGGGUCUUUGGCACAGUCAUGUGCAAAACUCUUCGAGGCAUGUAUACAGUGAACUUCUACGUGUCCAUGCUCACGCUCACCUGCAUCACGGUGGACCGCUUCAUUGUAGUGGUCCAGGCUACCAAGGCCUUCAACCGGCAGGCUAGGUGGAAGAGCUGGGGCCAGGCCACCUGCUUGCUCAUUUGGGUGGCCUCCCUGUUGGUUUCUUUGCCACAGAUCAUCUAUGGCAACGUCGAACGCUUUGACAAGCUUAUCUGUCAUUACCACAAUGAGGCGAUAUCCACUGUGGUUCUUGUUAUACAGAUGACUCUGGGGUUCUUCCUGCCAUUGCUCACUAUGAUUCUGUGCUACUCAGGCAUUAUCAAGACCUUGCUUCAUGCUCGAAACUUCCAGAGGCACAAAUCUCUUAAGAUCAUCUUCCUUGUAGUGACUGUGUUCCUGCUGACCCAGACACCCUUCAACCUCGUCAUGUUGAUCCGAAGUACAAGCUGGGAGUACUAUACCUUAACCAGCUUUAAUUAUGCCAUCAUAGUGACAGAGGCUAUAGCAUACCUUCGGGCUUGCCUUAAUCCUGUACUUUAUGCCUUUGUUGGCUUAAAGUUCCGGAAGAACGUCUGCAAACUUAUGAAGGAUAUUGGCUGCCUCUCUCACCUGGGAGUCUCACGUCAGUGGAAGUCUUCUGAGGACAGUUCCAAGACUUGUUCUGCCUCCCACAAUGUAGACACCACAAGUAUGUUCCAACUGUAGUCGGCCUUGCCACACUUGGAGAAGCUAGUAUCAGAAUUCUUAGAAGCAGAGCUAUAUCCUUUGGAUGCAACAAGAAAAGCUUUGCUUGUAGCACGUGGAGUGUCAUGGUGAAGUCACUGAACACUGUGGCUGGUAUGGAAAGCUUCUCAGAUAUAAAUAUACCGUUCUUAAUAUCUAAGCCUAAUGCUCAAAGAAGAAUGUCUUGAAGAGAGAUUUUGAAGCAAUUUCUCUCUUUCAUCCCCAAGAAUGGUAAAAUCAAGGUCAUGACGGUUAACUCUAGAGAUCUCAGGUUCUCUUUUACCAAGUUUGGGGCUAAAAGUUGAAAAGUUGCAUCAACAAAGAUGUUGAUGGCAGAUAAUAUACAGGGCUCCUGAGUUUAGAAGAUUCUUCAAUGGGCAAGCAGUUGAGAGUUGAAAAGCCCCUACAUAAUACUGCUUGAAUGAGACCAAGCUCUGACUCCUCCAGAGGUCUGUCUGACUUUUGUAUGGGUGGAUGCUUAUGUUUUAUUGGACUUGUCUUGGAAAGAGCAGCAAUAAGGGACUGAAAAUAGGCCAAAAUAAAUUAGCUGAAUUUCAGUGGUCCAUGUAAUGCUAGAAAAAUAUAUAAAAUAGAGCUUAAGGCUAUAACAAAUACAAGAGGACUCUGGUGGCUUUGCUCAUCUAAAAAAAGAAAAAAGAAAAUUUCCCAUGCCUGUGACACAUAAUAUGUACAUACAAAUAUAUCAAGUAUUUUGAGUUUCAUGGUAAGAAAUAAAACCCUUUAAAAGUUUUCAAA